UGUGCGUACGCGCGAGCGUUAUUAUUGGCGAAUCGCCGACGCCGUCGGAACAUAAUAAUUUCCAAGGUUACCGUAUACCGCGCGUUGACCAGCCGAGACGCCACUUCGAUCCCUCCCAGCGAGUGUGUAAGUGAGUGACUGCGAGUGAGUGGGCAGCCACAACCGUCGCACGAGAUAACGCCGUGGUCAUCGUUCGCGACUGCGUUAGUGUAAUAAAAUUGUAAAUAUACCUAGUUGUGUGCUCGCGACUUAAUACACUUUAUGCUAACGAUAUUAUAAUACGUUAAUAAUUAAUCGUUAAGUGUGUAUUGUUGUCGUAGUCGAUGCAGUAUACAAUCCAUCCAAUUUAUAACAGCAAUAAUAUCACUCGUUUUUCUAGAUUGUCAACCCGCGAGCGCGCGCGCGCACACAUCCUCGUCGUCCGACCACUGCAGCAUUAUCGUUAUCGUCAAACUCGAAUUUCGCGUUAGCUUUUCUCCGAUCGGUCGUAAAGUCUGUCGAUGUGUCCUACAUGUCGAGAGAUUAUCAGAUAAACAACUCUACGCUUGUAAUCUUUGCCGAAUAUUGACACUAAUGAAGAAAAGUAUUAUGUCUUUCCAACUGCCGUUUGUCUCUCCACGACUACAUUGAGUGUACCGAGUGCUGUUUUUUUGGUAUGUGACUUUGUGACUGACAUGUGUGACGACAACAAACGACUGCUACAAAAGUCCGCUAAUGGACUUGGUAGCCGUCAGGCUCCCGUUGGUGGCCACGCAACUACAGCGUACAACGUUGGCGUUCCGUUGGAGCAAAGCAUGGACAUAAUCAAUCAGCAGUGUCAAGAGAUUUACGAUCUCAGGACUCAGCUGAACCUAGUCAUGAAUGAAAGAGAUAUGUUGCUCAGCGAAGUCGGCCGUCUCAAAUUUAAUAUGGAACUCUAUGAUCAGCGCAUGAUGGCUCAAGAUACCUCCAGGUAAAAAUAGUGCACAUGAUAAACAUGUAGCUAAAUGCCUACACGGAAUUGGGUAUCUAACUAUAUUUUUUUACAUACUUACUCAGCAUAGCUAUUUAGAUGUGUAAAUUUUUUUGGCAAAUAGUCCAAUCAAUGCUAUAUGUGUGCAGUGGAAACAGAUUUAAAUUAGGUAUGAAAUGUACCUAUAGGUACCUACAUGAAGUCAGUCAGGCCACUUUUAAAUUUUAGUCCAUAAUUUCCGAAUAUUUGAUCUGAAGAUUUUAAGAUGUACCUAUUAAAAAGAACAUAAGUAGCAGAGUUCCGUCAUGAGUCAAAUAUUCACCCAACUGACUUUUUAUAAUAUUUUAUGUAUAUUUUUUUUUAAAUUAAAUAUCUAACUAAAAGAAAUUGAAAAAAAAGUUUUUAAAAAGUUUUAAAAAUUAAAAUACUUAACUAAAGUCAAAAGUAAAGUAGUUUUUUAGACUUUUGAUAAGAUACGAAUAUAUAUCGGCAUCGGAAGUUUAAACUUUUUUUUGUCCAUUGUCAACAAUAAUUCUGUUUGUGUACCUAUACAUAUUUUAACCAAGUUUCUUACAUUCAUAAAUCUUUAAUGGUAUUUAAAACCUUAUAUUUCAUGUGAAAAUAUGAAAUCUGAGUGUAAAAAUGGUUGGAAAUGAGGUUAACAUUUGAUAUCAUCAAACUGCACAUCCUUGGUACUUGCAUCAUGAAUGUAUAAAAUUUCAUUUCCUGAUUUCAUGGUGUACAAAAUCAAAAAACACCAUUUUCUUGUAAAAACGUGGUGAUGUUUAUAUUAAUAUUCAACCAAAAUUGUAACACUUCAAACGGUCUGCCUAUAUAAAAACUCUAAUUCUUGAGUUUGACUUCUUUUAAUCCAGAGGAAGCCUAUACAAGUGUCCAAAUGUUCUAGAAAAAAAUAUAUCUGAACAUUUAUAUAUUAUAUAUAUAAAAGAAAAAAUACAGUGUAAACAUCUUUAUUUUUGGAAAAAAAUCUAAAACUAAAUUGAAAAAGGUGGCUUGACCAAUAUCAUUUACAUUUCAUGCUCAAUUCAAUCUAUCAUUCUUAAUUUCAGAAUUUUUAUUAUUUUAUAACAUCCAUUAAACUAGUUUCCAGAAAAUUAAUUUCAAUUGUUAUGUUAAUUAUGUGUUGAACCAGAGUUUCUUAACCUUUGUAUUAUGGUGGUAGGUACACUAUUAAAAUAUUUCAUACUUUGCGAUACACAAUAAAAAAAAUAAGGAUGGUAAUAGAUAAUUUUAUUUGGUAAUGUAAACAUAAAAAUUACAUAGAAAAAAUAUAGCAUAAAAAAGCAUUUAAUAUUUUAAUAAGAAAUUUAAAACUGGUAUUUCUAUUAUAACAUAUUCAUGUCGAGUGAAAUUUUUAACAAAAGGACCCUUAAUUUCUCUUUGACUUUAAUUAAUCUUUCUCUUUAUUUGGUUUUUGUUUUGUUUAAUGUAAAAAAAAGUUACCUCACACAAAUAUGAUAUUAAAAAUGGUAAUAACACAAAUAAAGCAAAUUUAAAUAAACUUCAUUUGAAGAGUGCUAUCGUUUUUAGUUCUGCAAGUUCUUUCUCUAUUAAUGAACUAUUAAUACAUUAUAUGUGAACACUUUCUACAAGAAAUAUACUCUGAUUAUCAAGUAAAGCACCUUUUCUGGAAGGAAAUUUUCUCUGGAUGGUACUUUAGAGAGAUCAUUUUUUGAAAUUUUUAUUAAUAUUCUAGAUAAUGAGAAAAACCUGGUUCUUUAGGUUAAAAAAGAUUAAAAGAUUAAAAAUAACGUUGUCAUUAGCAACCUUUUGUUAUUAUUAAGAUUUUAUUAUUUAAAUCUUUUUUAAACAAUCAUUGUUGUCAUGGAAUUUUUGUAAUCAUUUUACCAUAAUAUGACAUAUAUAUUAUUGACAAAGCAACACUAUUAACUGAACUCCGUUCAGAAUCGUUUUUUGUUAGCAAUGAUUUACUGUUACUUACAGAUAUACAUUAAAUUCUCGUUUGUACCCUACCUUCCCAAACUUCCUACCUACAAAGUGUCUGUACCCAUGUGCAAAGUAUGUUCGUUUUUUUACCUAUACUUGUUAUGUUUAUGAUGAAUAACACAUCUCCAAUUAUAACUAAUGAAAUUUAAAUCCUUCAUAAACCAUCACACCUGGAAAAGUUAGGGGAUUUAAAAGUGACCUGAGAAAGUCUGUGAGGGGGGGGGUGUUUUUUUCUGAAAUUAAAAAAAAAAUGUACAUAAUAUUAUUGUCUAUUGCCUAAUAAUCUACCUACAACCCCCAACAGAUGACAACAGUAAACAAUAAUAGGCAUUCAUAACAAUUCAUAUUUUAAAAUGUUCAUAAUAUAUUGAUAAUAAUAAUAUAUAAUUAUAUAAAUGAGCAUAUAAAUAAAAAUAAAAAUUAACUUAACUUGUUUGUUUAAAUAUAAAAUUAACACUAGUUAAUUAAAAGUUAAUUCUUUUGUAUUCCUUAAGUUAAUAAUCAAAAAAAAAAAUGCAUUAAGUUAAAAAGUUUAAUUAACUUAACUUAAACCCUUACUUUAACUUAUUAAAUUGUUACUGUACAACAUUGUAUUUUAAUAAACUUUUGAAAAAAUAUUAUAUCUGCCUAUCGUAUUAUGUGUAACAUUCAAUUUUAUUAGUUAUCAAUUUUAUUUGUUUUUAUGAGUUAUUAGUUAGCUUUCCAAAUAAUUGUUAAGUUUUUAUAUUAUAUUCAAAUUUCGUUUUUGUUAUUAUUAUAAUAUUUUAAUAAUGUCUAAAAAACAUUAUUUAAUAAUAAAUGGUUUUGGUAAGAUUUCAAUUGUUGGCUUAAAGAAGAUAUAAAUGAUAAAAUUAUUUCUAUUGUAUUUUAUUUUAAUGGUUAUCAAAAAUUUUAAUAAAUAGCCUAGAAAAUAUGGAAGUCAAGGAAUUUGUCAUUUUGAAAAUUGUGGCAACCAUGAAUUGUACUUUUUCAUAUUAAAAUUGGUAGCCAUGUAUUAUUUUUUGUGGCAUCAAACGUUAGAAAAAAAAAUUAAAUUAAAAGGCUAAUUUAAUUUUUUUUUAUUAAACUAGGUACUCCUAAAAAUGUAGAUACCAUUUUACCGAUUUGUAUAUCUGAAAUUUGUAAUUACAUGAACAUAUUUAAGAAGUCACACCUGAAUUAGUUAUCAUUGUCUUAUACACAUCUAUUGUAAGAAAAUAAAUUAUUUUCAUACUAAUUCUAAAUUGUGCGAGUCUUGAGUGAACGCAUCCUAGGUCCAUAAUAUUUAUUGACCUAUUAUUAAAUAUGUUGGGAGACAUUAUUUAAAUAGUUCCAAUUAUUCUUUUUAAUAUUUGUGUUAUGAUAUAAAUUGUAAAUAUUUAAACUAUCUAUUUGUUUUAAUCUUUUAAUGCAUUUUACAAAGAUUAACACAUAUGCUAUAAUUUAGAUAAUGUUCUCUUUUAUAAAUUGUAUAAUAUUGUUCAAAAAUGUCUAUUGUGAACACUGAGCUCUUAAUGACCUAUGUUGAUAUAAAAAUAUUAAUUUUAUAUGAAACUUGGAGAUAUAAAGUAUAUUUCUCUUUAAAGCAUAAUUAUAAUUAUUUUUAUUAUUUUUUCAAUUUUUAAUAUGAAAUAAUAUUUAUGUUUAUCAAUUUUAAAUUACCACUUUAAAUAACAAACUUAUUUAUAAAUGUAAUAUUUAUUAAUACCUAUAUAUAAAUUUCAAAAUUUAUUUUAUUUUUCAGAGAAAACUCAUUUGAAAAAAGCAAUAAUAGGAUUUAUUUAAGUCCAUGUGAACAACAUAAUCCUUGGACUAGUACAUUAUCCAAAAAUAAUGCUGUUCAACCAUACCAUACAUCUGCAUCGUAUGUUUUUAUUUAAAAAAUAAUUAUAAAAUAGGUAUGGUAUACAAUGAUAAAAUAGGUAGGGUAUAAUCAUUGAUCACAUUUUUUUGAUAUACACACACCUCAAAUAUUUCCCACUUCACCUAUAUUUUAGUUUUUCACUUUUUAUUUGCUAAUAUUUUCAUUGCUGUACAUCCAACCAACCUAUAAAUCAAAGUGGAAAACUAUUAUAUAGGCUGAAUAUAAAGUAGAUGCAUACUAAACAAUAAUGUGACACAUUGUGAUUAUAUAUAUCUAUUUAAUCAUUGUAUAUAGAUACCUAAUGUACCUAAUGACUAAAUUUGAUUUUUUUUUUUUUUUAGGUAUGAGUUAUCACAGGACUUAAUUGAAAAACAAAUUGAAUUGUUAGAAAGAAAAUAUGGAGGAAUUAGAGCUAGACAUGCAGUAUUGGUUAUUCAAAGGGCGUUCCGACAUUAUAUGUUGGUAAAAAAAUUUGCUCACAUCACAGCAAUGGCCAAAGCUGAAAAAAGACUUAGUAAACGUUUGGAUGAUACUCAAAGCCUGCGAUCUCAUGAUAGUCAGAUAAAUAUAAGGUCAGGUUCUUUAAGAGAACGUCGUUCGGGCUACUCACCUUCCAAGUGUAACUCUCUUCCGCGGUCUCGAUCAGGACGAUGUGAUUUAAAUUAUUAUUAUAGUUUAGAAUCAACGUGUUCACAUUACUACACACAUACUGCCCACAAUUAUAGCUAUAAUGAUAUGCAAAUAAAGGAAGAUGGUAGUUUUCAAGAAGAUUUUACUAAUCAUCAGAUGAUGCCCAAUUACUUAUGUGGAAACCUUGGUACUAAUUCGGAUACCUAUAGACAAGCACAUUCUAGUUCCAAUUGUAGUAAUCAGUAUGGGAACAGUAUUUCAUCAUCCUGUAUGUUUUCAGAAACUUCUUCUAUAGGAUACACUUCAAACAUUUCCAAAAAUAAAAUUCCUCCAGAGGUACCAAAGCGUACUUCUUCAAUAUCAUUUCGCCCAUUAAGAGAUCAACAUCAACCAAGUGCAUUAAAUAAAAUGUCAGAUAGUGGUAGUAUAUCGAGUGUUCAAUCUUCUGGUAGCGAUGGUAGUAUUUCUAGUCAGUCACAUAAUUUAAAUCAAACAAAUUCCUCUGUCGACUCAUCUAUGUUAUCAAAUUCUAUAGUUUCUUGGAAUAAAAAAUCACAGGUGGGUACAUUUAUUUAAAAUUAAUGUGUGUUUUUAAUUAUUUUUCAUGUUAUAAAAUUGUUUUCAGAUUUCCGAUGUUAUUAGAAAACGUCAAUAUCGUAUUGGUCUAAAUCUUUUUAACAAGAAACCUUCGAAAGGUAUUAUUUACCUUGUGUGUAGAGGGUUUUUGGAUAAUGCUCCUCAUGCAGUGGCUAGAUUCUUGAUAUCUCGUAAAGGUUUAAGCAAACAAAUGAUUGGUGAAUAUCUAGGUGAUUUACAAAAUCCAUUUAAUGCUGCAGUUUUAGAGUAAGUGUUGAUAAAUUGUUUUUCACCUUGCAUAAUUUAUUAAAAUGUAUUGUAAAAAUUAACAAAUAUUUAUUUUGUGGUUUUUAAAUGUAUUUAGGUAUUUUGCUCAAGAAAUAGAUUUAUCUGGGAUGCAAAUUGAUGUAGCUCUACGUAAAUUCCAAACAUAUUUUCGUAUGCCUGGUGAGGCCCAAAAAAUUGAAAGAAUUAUGGAAGUUUUCAGCCAUAGAUAUUGUCACUGCAAUAGAGAUGUUGUAGCAAAGUUAAGAAACUUGGACACUGUAUUUAUACUGGCUUUUUCUAUUAUUAUGCUUAACACUGAUUUACAUACCCCCAAUUUGAAACCAGAACGGCGAAUGAAACUGAAUGACUUUAUUAAGAAUCUUAGAGGUAAAUAAAAAUGCCUGUACAUUUUUAAGUUAUUAAUGCUGUUUUUAAUUUUCUUUAUAAGGUAUUGAUGAUUUCUGUGACAUCGAUAAAGAUAUGCUUGUUGGAAUUUAUGAGAGAAUUAAGGCAAAUGAUUUUAAACCUGGCUCAGAUCAUGUGACACAAGUUUUAAAAGUGCAGUCUACUAUUGUAGGCAAAAAGCCAGUAAGUUGAAAUGACAAUUUAUAUUUGAAGAGUAACCGACUACUUUAGAUAUGAAAUCUUUUACAUAAUAUUUAAUCAACAAAAUCUAAUUUUAUGUGUCCAAAAAUCUAAACUUAACAUAGAAAAUUAAAUUAUUUCAAGACUAGCUAGCUUAAAUAUCUAAAUAUAUACUGACAUUUAAUGUAUAAUAAUAAUAUGAUAUAAAUUGAAUUUGAAUUGAUUUCAUUGGUUUUUUUUUUUUUUUUUUUAACCAAAUAUGAAUUUUACAGAAUUUAGCAUUACCCCAUCGUCGGUUAGUUUGUUAUUGCAGACUGUAUGAAGUUAUUGACAUUUAUAAAAAAGAAAGACCCGGGGUUCACCAACGUGAGGUAUUCCUCUUUAAUGAUCUUCUAGUUAUUACCAAAAUACUGUCAAAAAAGAAAAAUUCAGUCACCUAUACAUUUCGCCAGAGUUAUCCAUUAAAUGGUUUAACUGUUUCACUUUUCCAAAUGCCACGUGAGUAAUAAUAUACAGGGUGUUUCAAAAACUUUUAUUUGAUAAUGAACUGAUAUAGUUCAGAAAUCUUUUAUCACAGAUAGUUAAGUUUAUUUUAAGUAAUGUCGCUCAUAAAUUCUUUAAUGAUCAGUGAAUUGCUGUUAGUUUGUUUUGAAAUGGCAAUCCUACAAAUUUGAACAUGAUUUUUGAAGAUCUAAAGCUUCAACUGCUCAAAGUAUUUGAAAAUGAAUGUUCCAAGAAAGCGGUUGUUUGUGUGCACAGAUAUGCUCAGGUUGACCUUGUACCUCUGAGGAAAACAUCAAACAUGUUUGACAAAGUUUCACUCAGAGUCAACAACAGAAUUCUAGAACCAGGUCUUUCUUAUUCGACCUUUUAGCACUGAAUUCAUAUAGAAUACAGGUAGUACAAGCCUCCCAACCAGAAGAAAAACCAAAACGUCAAUUUUUAUAAUUUUAUUUCUGAAAAACAAGAAGAUGAGACAUUUGUAUUGUUUUUUCUGACGAAGCCCUAUUUCUUUUAAGUGUUGAAAAAUCAACUGCCAUAAUAGGAUUUGGGCUUUAGAACAUCAGAGCAUCAGAGGUAUUCGCCAAAAAUUAAUGUUUUUUUGCGCAAUUCCUGAAAAAAUGUUUAUGGGUCAUUUUAUUAUUUUAUUUUUUGGUGAAAGCAGUAAAAUAUUUAAACAUGUUAAGAACUUGGUUGUUGCCACAGUUACAUUCAAAUAGUGAUAAUUUUGUUUUUCAACAAGAUGAAGCACUGGUAGUUAGAAGUUUGCUGGUAUCUGAAUGGCCAACUCCUCAACAGUAAAUUAACCAUAAUUUAGUGAUUUAUUUCUGGCGACCCGGACCCAGACCUCACUGUGUGUGAUUACUUUUUACGGGAUCUGUGUAAAAGAUGAAGUUUAUCUACCACCAGUAACUACAGACUUAAAAGAGCUAAAACCAGGAUUACAGAUGCUAAUGCAAAGUUUGAGAAGAAUUUGAAUACCACAUGAUAUAUGUCAGGCAGUCAUUGGGAGUCAUAUUGAAUAUUUAUAACAAAAAUAAUUAAAACUUGAUUAUUUUAAGUAUAUUUUAUUCUUCAUUCCACCCUUAUAUUUUCAUUUUUAAAAUAAAUAUACAUUUUUUAAAUCGGGUAAAGACUUGAAACAUGCUGUAUAUUUGACUAAAAGUUAAUAAGUUGACCAUUUCCUAAUUAAAUUAAUAUUUUAUCAGAUUAUCAAUUUGGUAUCAAGCUUACACAGCGGUUGGAUGGCCGUUUGUUGAUCACAUUUAAUGCACGAAAUGACCAUGAUCGCUGUAAAUUUGUUGAAGACAUUCGAGAAUCAAUAUCUGAGAUGGAUGAAAUGGAAAAUUUACGAAUAGAAUCAGAACUAGAACGACACAGACAUGGUCACAAUAAUUUGUAAGUAAAGAAUUAUACAUAUAGUAAUGUAUAUGUUGCACCUACAUAGUAAAAUUUAUCCAGAUUGUAAAUUUCGUUGAAAAUUCAUUAUAUGGAUAUCCAUUUCAUGAAUUACUUAUAUUGUACAGUUUGUGUAAUUAUUAAAACUUAUUUAACAAUACAUUAUACUUAAUUUUUAAUAAACCAUACAAAUUAUAUUAAUUAAAAAUAUUUUAUUAUUAAUAACAAUAAAUGAUGGAUUGAUCAUAAUAAAUGAUAAUACGAUAAUACUUAAUGCUGAUGGUAAAAAUUAAUUUUAUGUUGUUUUUUAUACAUUUUUCUAUUUUAUUUUAUUAUUUAUUUUUGCACCACUACUGAUUAUGACAAUGUUACAUAGUAUUUUAUUUUUAAAACAUGCAAACCUACUUGAUUGACAAAGAGUUUUUUGCUUUGCAUGAGAAAAACAAAAAUCCUUGUCCUCCUAAAAUGUUUGUAAUCAUUUCAUACACUGAAAAUUCUAUAUUUGUUUCACUUGAUCAGUGGUCACAAAUUUGUUGAUUUGUUCAAACAUUUACUAUUGUAUCAUCCUUUAAGUAACCCAUACUUUAUUUCAAGUUUAUACAAUCUUUUUUUUGUUUCAUAAUCACACAAUUUAUGUUUUGCAGAUCUUAGAUCCUGUAUCAACUUUCAGUACUCCUAAUACAACAUAUUGAUUAAUUUCAAAACUGUCUGUUCUUUUUUGAUUACCCUAUUAAAAAUAAAUUUAAAUUAAAAUCUUCUGAAAUGAAGAGGCCGGUUGGGAACUGGGUAGAGUGUAGAUGACACAUAUCUAACUGUAAAACUUACCAUAAAAUAGGCUUUAAUAGAAGAAUUAGUGCAUUGGGUAUCGUUUAUAUUUAAUUUUUCUUAUAAUAGUUAGAAAACACGUAAAAAUAUACAUAAUAAUUAUAGACAUUUUAAAUGUUCAAAAACUUUUGAACUAGUUAUGGGCAUUUUACAUUUUCGAGUUAUUAUUUUGUUGAUUUUAUGUGGAUAAAAUUGUUUUGACUGAACAGAUAUGCUGACAUACUGAUAUUUGUUAUGACAAAUUGACAAUUUACCAUAAGGUGUUUGGCAUUCAAAUUUUGAUGAAAAUGGUAAAAUCAUGGCAUUUCAAAACAUAUGCGUAAUGCUUAAUACCUUACAUAUUAUAUUCUUCCUAAAAUCCAAACUACAGUAGAGACACAUUUGUCUGUAAUAUCAGCUAUUAUUUUUAAUGUUUUUUUUAUGUUAUUGUUGGCAAAAACAAAUUGGGGCUUAAUGAUUUAUAUUGUAUCUAAAUUUACUUAUAAUUAGUACCUAUAUAUUAUUUGUGCCUAUACAAAAUGAUUCUUAGAACAACCCCUGAUACCCAUAUGAUUUAUUAAAAAUUAAAUAUAAUGUAUUGUUAAAUAAGUUUUAAUAAUUACACAAAGUGUACAAUUGUAUAUCAUUAUUGUACAUAUAAUGAAUUUUCAUCAAAAUUCACAAUUUGGAUGAAUUUCACUAUUUAUAGAUAUCCAGCAAAUGAGCAAUGAAAUGAGCAAUUUCAUUAUGUGGAUGCAACAUAUAUAUGUAUCAUUUUAUACAUUAUGUCUAUCAUAGGUCAGUCAGUAGCAACUCACAAAACCGAGAUAGUGGAGUUGACAUUGAUUUGGGUCCAUUACCAUCUCCAGUAUGCAAUUCCAAGCAAAAUUCUGACAGUUCAUUGGGGAAUAACACUUCAGGACAGCAAGCAGCAACCUCAACAAGAGCUGCAUUGACUGUUAAUUGAACUGGUUGAUAAAAAAUAUACAUAUAUUUAUUUAUUUAUUUAAUAACUUAUAAGCACCCACUUCUAUUUUUUUCUUUAUUUUUAAUACGCUUAAAUUUUUUCUUUUUUUUAAAAUUUGACAAUUUAAUUUAAUUUAUGCAUAAUAAGGCCGAAUAAGGCAUAGUUAGUGAUGUAGAACAACCCAAAACCUACUUUCCUGUAUUUGUUUUGUUUUUUUUUUUCGAUAUUUUGUAAAUAUAAUUAAUACUAUCCAAGUAUUUUGAAGCCGUAUUUUUAACCUUAUUGUAUUUUUAAAAUAAUCAAUAUUUAAUUUUAAUUUAAUAUUUUAUUUAACUAAUUCUGUAGCACAUUAUACAUUUUGCAAUACAAUUAUUUAUAUUCAUAUUUGAGUCAAAAAGUUUUAAUAUUUUAUGCUAUAUUUGCUAUGUUCUUGCUUUUGAAUUUAACUUUUAAAAAUAAAUACUUCUAAUAUGUUCUUUUAGUUAUAUAAGUAAUAAGUAUGUGUAUUUUUUUUUUUUUUUUUUUUUUUUUUUUUCAUUUAUAUUUAUGUAUUGUCAAAAUUAAUUUUGACAAUUUUUACUAUAAAAUUCAAAAUUAUAUAUAAUAAGUACAUUUUAUUUUUAUUUACCAAAAGUAAUAUUUAAAAAAAUGUAAUGCCAAAUUGAUAAUUUAUUAAAAAUUUGAUUGAGAAAUAUUGUUGAUGAAACAUAAUAUUUUUUCUGUUAGGAACUAGAUACAAAUUAAUGAUGGGAAUAAU